AUGAAAAGUAUGCACGAAAAUAAUUACGAUUCGUGCAAGAGCAAACGGAAGUUGGCAGGUUAUCGAUCAACUUUCAUGCAAUCCUUGAAGAGAUCGGUGCGCGUGUAUUGCGAAAAUACAGGACUGCACGGAUUUCGCUACAUCGUAAAGAGCAAAACGUUAAUGGAUAAAAUAGUAUGGUUCACGAUUUGCACGUCGUCCAUCGCUUUUUGCGUUGUUUUGAUGUUUCGUUUGUGGAUAAACUUCUCGAGUAAUCCAACGAUGACGAUGAUCGACACCUCGAAUCCCAUAAAGGAUUUACAAUUUCCGGGCAUCACUAUAUGCAAUAACAACAAGGUUUACAAACCUCAUGCCGAUGUCAUCGCGCAGAAAUUGUUGCUGAAUGGAUUCGAUACCGACAUGAGCAAUAGGCUGUUCUUUUCCUUGAUGAAAUUAAUACUGCCGGACAAAAUUGAGAUCGAUAACGCAACUGCGUCGUGGGCCCUCGAUACUCUUGGUUACACUGUCGAGAAGCUCAUGUUUGAGUUGAUGCAACCUUGCAGUUCGCUAUUGGUGAGAUGCGUCUGGCUAGGUCAACUUUACGAUUGCAAUAAAAUUUUCAAAACCGUGAAGGCGAACGAAGGAUUCUGUUGCGGAUUUAAUUACCAUUUCGGACUUUCUGAAAACUACGAAGCCAAAUAUUCGCAAUCAGCGACCGUAAUGACGACCGAGGAAGAUUUUGAAUCGUACAAUUCCUCCGAUCCUCUGCCAGGUGUUGGACAAAUUCUGAAUGUUCCAGGGUCUGGUCGAGAUAUCGGUUUAUCAGUCGCGCUGAAUAUCGACGCGAAAAACUAUAAAAGCUCGGUGAGGCAGUUCGUGGGUGCCACUGUGCUGACACACGAUCCACUAGAUUAUCCGGAUGUCGGUGCGCAAUCCUCUACCGUGCUGCCGGGCCAUUCGAUGUCGAUGACACUCGCUGGAACGAAAAUCGAAAGCGCGGAGGAUAUUCGCAAUAUACCGUUGCGCAAGAGGAUGUGUUUAUUCGACGGCGAGAAACCAGGUGAACACAGAUACAGUUACCAGACGUGCAUCUCCGAGUGUAUCCAUCAAAAUACUUUUGGCUUUUGCGGAUGUCUACCCUUUUUCUAUCCAGGUGACCAUCCGAAUGUCCGCACCUGUUACUUGACGGAUGUGGAUUGCAUUCUGGCUCGCAGAAGGAGCUUGUCGAAUAUCAAGAUAUCGCACAUCAACGACUGCAAAUGUCUCCCGCAAUGCAACGACCAAUCGUACGAGGUAAUAAGUGAAUCGAUCCAGACAGAUGAUAUAGAGUUUGAUUCCCAGAUAACGCACGGUUUGAAUGCAAAGACCACCUCGUUUCUCUACGUGUAUUUUCGAGACGGCACGUAUCUCGAAUACCGCAAGCAAACCAUCAUGGGGUGGGACGGUCUGCUCGCCUCCUUCGGAGGAAUCUUUGGCCUCUGUCUUGGUGGCUCGGUGAUAUCCUUCAUCGAAUUUAUUUAUUACUUUGCAUGUGAGCUCCUCACUCGCAAGAGACUGGAGGCAAGGAAAGAACGUCUGCCACCAGCCUCGAAGUUAUUCGUCUCCGCGGCCGUCAGCAAGGAUCCCAUGAAGAAUUACGAUAGAGCAAUAGACAAACGCAAGAUUCACCUAUGGAACGAUUAGCUUUAGA